AUGUUAAUCUCGAUCAGCUCCCCCUGGCUGAGGUCCACCGCGAGACGGCACGUGUCGUCGGGACCGAAUAAUCUUCUGGGGUUGUCGUCGGAGGUUUUCAGAUCGAUGACGCGCCACAGCGAGGGCUCGCGGCACACGCUCCGCCAGGUGGUGCACACUCCCCGAGCAUUUUCCAGUAUCUCCACCGGGGCGAGCCGUCGCAGAAUAUUCGCCGUCACGUCUCGGGGGAGUUCGAUCCACGGCGGCGGCAGUGGGGAGGAACCGCUCGCCGCCGGGUUGUUAUCCUUCUUGUCCUUGGCCAUUUUGAGAUGGGACUUCUUUCUCCCUCUCCUUCCCCCCAUGACUGAAUUCAAAUUCCUAAUCCCUUCAAAAUCUCGUAUAUAA